UUUUAAAGAUCUAUGUGCUGUGUAAACUGGGUGGCUUGCCUCUCCAAGCUAUGCGGUAGAUGGGUAGAUAAGAGUCGCGAGACUUUAAAAACAAACAAAGAGUACUGGGCUCAAGCCUUGCUCCUUUGCAGUGAGGAGCCAGUCCAUUGACACGGUAUAUUGCCCAUCCAAUCGAAAACCAAUUAAUAAUAAGGCUAUAAUAAAAAUGCGUCCAAUUCAUUCCUAACUGUCCUUAACGGUUCAUUUACUUUCUCAAAACAAAAAGUCCUCUCUAGCAAGUGUUUGCUUUUUUCAAUGUUGGAUAGCUGGAUUAAGAAGAAACUAUAACUACGUAGAUCCACGACAAGCAGAUUUGUACUAUAGCUAAAGCAACUAAAGCAAUAUCAUAUUUCUUAGAUUUGUAUGGCAUAAGUAUGCGGUUACAUUAGUUAUCUCAACAGUAGCACGUUUCAAUGAUAAAUUUAUAUCAAAACAAGUUGCAAAUUAUUUGCCGAACAAGGUUUUGACUAAUGAUUUGAAACCUUGUUCUCUCCGGUUGACCGAACUAAGCAAACCUCCUCCUACACUAUAAGCCUCUCCUACACUCAUCAGUACAUUUUGUAUGACCAGUCAUGUGAGAAACCAGAUGUGCACCUUAUGCUCUUAUAAGGAUAUUGGUACACUUCACAGUAUCUCCUUUACUAUUGCAUCCGGCCAUGCUUCAUUCCUUCUACAGUGCAUGCAUGCAUGCAUGCAGGCUUACAUGUAGUUCAUAUCUUCUUUUAUCCUUACUAUAGAAGAAUGAUGGAGUCUUGUUGCACUGCACUCAAUCAGAUUCAACCGCAACUGCAGAACUCCUUCAGGAUUGAUAGUAUUCUCACAGGAAUGGGAGCUCACCCUCCUCCUCCUCCUCAAGGUUACUCUGUGAUGCACCAGCACCCUAGCAAUGCCGGGGGGCCAGGAGGUGUGGAGGCUAUCAAACAGUUUGGGAACAUGUUUGGAAAGAAUGAGGAACUUAAUAUGCAAGAAAGAAAAAGAGAAUCAGUAAGUAGUGCUGAUGAUGAUGAUGACAGCUAUAGAAAGAAGAAAAAGCCACGGACUGCAUUUUCAAGGGAACAGGUUUCAGAGCUGGAGAAAAAGUUCACAGAAAGAAAAUACCUCUCGUCUGCCGAAAGAGGAGAGCUAGCAGAGAAACUCAAACUCUCAGACAUGCAAGUCAAGACCUGGUUCCAGAAUCGUAGAAUGAAAUUCAAGCGUCAGAACGAGGAAGCAGAACUUGAGGUCAAAUCUCCGAAAUUUCCUUAUCCUCCAUUUGUCCCGUAUUCAUCGUUCUACAGCUAUACGAUGCCUCAUUAUAAAAUGAUGGAUCAAAUGCAACAACAACAACAACAGCAGCAGCAGUCUCCUUCAUACACCUGCACAUCUCCUCCUUCAACAUCCAACAGCUAUCAACAGUCUACCCCUGGGCCUACACCUUUGGUACUCGGUACAAAUCCUGCAGCUCACCACAUCUCUCCACCUCCUCAUAUCACCUCAACUUAUUUCAACAGGGCCGCCAUUGCUCAUGGCGUCAUUUCAAAUGGCUCACAGUCGCCGUGCUAUCACAUUGGGGCUGGUUAUUUGAGUGAUUAUAAUCCUGGAGCUCCCAGUGGUCCUAUAAUGUCUCCACCAUACUGCAACAGCAGUGGAAGCAGUGACUGGCAGAGAUCACCUCUACCAACUCCACCAGCAGCUCCUUAGGUCUUUAUAUAGCAAUGACAACAUCACUUUAUUGAGCUAUUUUUAUUUCAUUUCGUUUUUAUUCACAAUAUACCUACCCACAUUCCAUUCUACAGUAUAUAGUAGCCUACAGUGUGUAUGUGUGUGUCUGCUUGUGUGCUUUUUAUUUCAUUUCUUGGAAAUCUGCAUGUUAUCAUAUGCAGUCUUUAUUUAUUUUUAUCUCAGUCAUUAUUUUCAGAUUAGUGUCUAAUUUCACUCGUUUGAUUUCUCAGUUUUCAUUAUACUCAA